UAUGCUUGUAAGCCCCACGCAAAGACUGUGGCUGAGCUGAAGUCAACCCAGUUCUUCCCGGUCGACGCUUCACAACGGGCGGGUUUGGGCUUGCGACUCUUUGCACAUAGAGAUGGCGCUGUUCAGAUCUACACGUCUCCUUUCGGCCUUGGGGUCUAGCCUCCGAGUUGCCGGGACGAGGGCAGCCAGCAAUGACGUCAACACUUUCAGAGACACUUAUACUAUGAGGAUGUAUAAUGGGGAAAAGCAACCGACGGGCCUCUUCAGCGCCGGGGAGAUCGAGGCCCGCGUAAGGAAGCUCCGCGACUUCAUGGAGGAGGAGGGCGUGGCUGCGUGUCUGUUCACCUCGAUACACAACGUCAAUUACUACACAGGCGGCUUUCUCUACUGCUCCUUCGGCAGACCUUACGGGCUCCUGAUCACGCCGGAAAAACACGUGACUAUCUCGGCACUCAUCGACGCUGGGCAGCCAUGGCGUCGGUCUCCACAUGACAACAUCAUCUUCACGGACUGGAAGAGGGACAACUACUUCCGGGCGGUCGUGGAGGAGCUCGGAGGCACCAAGGGCUCCAUAGGCAUCGAGUACGACCACAUGACCCUCGAACGGAGUCACAAGUUGCAGACGAACUUGCCGCACAACAACACCCUCGUGGACGUCAGCGCGGCGACCAUGAGGAUGAGGAUGAAGAAAAGCCUCGAGGAGGUGGCGGUUAUCAAGAACAGCACAGCCACAGCGGACAUUGGGGGGUGGGCGUGUGUGGAAGCAUUGGGAGAAGGAGUGCCAGAGUACGAGGUGGCACUGGCCGGCACUCAGGCCAUGGUCAGGAACAUUGCGAAGCUCUACCAGAUAGCGAACUCAUGGAUACCUGGGUUUGGUUCCAGUCUGGCAUAAACACAGACGGCGCCCACAACCCUGUCACGACCCGCAAGAUUCAGAAGGGUGACAUCCUCUCCCUCAACUGCUUCCCUAUGCCACAAGGGCACUACACGGCCUUAGAGCGCACCAUGUUCCUGGACCACUGCAGCGACGCCCACCUCAAGAUCUGGGAGGCGAACGUGGCGGUGCACAGGCGAG